AUGUUUAAGCUGUUGAUCGCCGCCUGCGUCCUGGCCGUCGCCGCUGCUAAGCCCAGUGUACUAGCUCCCAUAUCCGCUGCGUACACUGCAUUCCCCGGCCCUGUCGCUGCUGCGUACGCCGCUCCCGUCGCACCCGCCUACACUGCUGCAGCGUACACUGCCCCAGGCUACGCUGGGCCCGUUGCGGGCUACUCUCCUUUUGCGUACUCCGCGUAUACCAAUGCGUACAGUAAUGCGUACACCGCUCCUCUUUCGGCGUACUCGGCUUACGGUUAUGCCGCUCCUUACUCCUACUACCUCCGCCGUUGA